AUGUCCAUCCGAACGAAGCGGAACAUCUUAGUCUGUUUCAAUCCCGUCGGUACUCUAUACAGGCCGAGGCCGAUAUCUGGUGCAGACUACACCGGUCUGGCCCGCAAAUGUGGCAUCAGUGACCUGGAGGGGGCGAGGCUCGAACGAGCCUUGGCGGAUUCAAUUAUUCAUUUUACUUUCGAUGAGAAGCGCACCGAUACGGCUUCGGAAACUCAAUCCUUCCUGAGGCCUGGAGGUAAAUCUUGGUGGAGAAAUGUUGUCAACCAUGCUAUCAAGCGUGCUCUGCGUCCCGGCCGGGAUAUCCCUGCUGAUCUCUUUCCCACGCUAUUUGCCCUUGUAUCCGCCGCCGAGGGCUUCGCUCUCGGCGAACGGGACCUCCCUAAGUCUUUGGGGCGACUGAGGAGGACUUUCGACCCUAGCAGCUCGUCCGGACGCAACUCGUCCGUCGACAAGCUGGUUGUCGGGGUCGCCGAAAACGUCAGGCACCCAAGGAACCUAGAGCGUACCUCGAGGGUGCUCUCUGCCCUCGGCAUAAGUGUGGCCCCUCUCCGCUAUCAUCACUACGCAGGCCUCCAUACCAACUAUGCUGCCGAUGGCGAAGUCCCCGACGAGAUUUACCAGUCGGAGCAAAGAAAGGUAGCUCAAAGGGCGCUGGCGGACUCGAUCCGCCGCGGCAGCCUGCGUUUUGGUGGCAACCGGAGCUCUCUGAUGCGCCCGUACGACCUUGACUUCAUUUGCGCCACGCGCAACUUUGCCAGCGGCGACCCAGUCCCAUCGCUCCGUGCCGCAGAACGUCUGGCGGCCAUGAUGGUCACCAACAAGUCGCCGUCGAGGCUGCCCUGGGCCGAGUCGCAGAUCAGCCGGCACGAUGGAGAUUGGCUCAAGUUAUACGUGUUAAAGAAUAGCAACAAAGACACGCGGAAUAUUAUAAAAUCCGGCUGGACUCCGGUUCUCCUGGAAGACAAUUCGGAUACAGAUCGAAGCGCUCGCGGUGCAACUCCACGGCGACCAGAUUGGGAAUCCCUGUCAAAGCUCAGUGACACCAAGCUGGACCCGGACAGUCCCUCUGGGUGUAAGUUGCAGACGUACCGCGCCGACAGCGUGGACGAACUGUCAAGAUGGCUGGCGGAGGAGAUACAGCCAAAAAGAUUCGUUCUUGGCCCGAGAAUUGUCAAGGCCAAGGCUUUCAGAGUCCUGGACGAUCCUGAUGUGGAGCCCAACGUGCCAGGCUUGAAAUCGGAGGAUAUCCUGAAGAAGGUGCUCGAACAGAGGCUCAAAAGACGUCCAGCCAUACAAAAAACGGGAACGUCAAAGGAAAGAGUUUUAGCACUGUUGGAGAGAAUGGUGAAGGGACGCUUGUCGCAAAACACAACCCCCUCGCAUCGACGACGUGGUGGACAAGAAGACUCCGGGUGA